UAAAUCCUAUCCCGCACCUUCUCUCCUUUCCCGGAUCUUCUCCGCAAUCUAAUCAACGGUGCUGAUUCACCGACGCACCCUACCUUAAUUCGCCGGCGAUCAUCGCCGGCCACCACUCAAAAUUCAUUUAUGAAUACAGAAUUCUUGUAUCAUAUGCUUUGAUUUACCUUGUUCUCUUUGGAAGUUAUUAAAUUUCCGUAGUUGUUAUGGCUUCUGAUGACGAAGAUGAAAGCCUCGCUUAUUUCCUCGAAUCUGAAGUAUUCGCUGAACUCUCCGAUCAGGAAAAUUCGGAGAGAGUGGAAGAGGAAGAGAGAGAUGCAAAGAGAUCACGUGAUGAGGAGGGUGAACUAAGCGAGCAGGAAGAGAAGGAACGACAAGCAAAGAAAAUUAGAAUUGAGGAUCGUGUAAUUAGUGAUGAGGGAUUGUCUAGAGUAUUGAGAUCGUCCUUGCCUUCACUGUCAUCUGUUGAGGCGGAAGCUGAAGUUGAAACUUCAUUGUCGCCUUUAAAAAAAAGUGAUACCGUCUUUGGCAACCAUAGCAAUGACGGGAGGCUUACUACUGAAAGGAGACCAAUCCCCAGAAGGAUUGAUACUGGGAUUUUCAGUCAGAUCCCUGCUGAAUUGUUGUAUCACAUCCUCAAAUUUCUCUCUUCUGAGGAUCUUGUUUCAUGCUCAUUGGUUUGUAGAUUCCUAAAUUUUGCUUCUUCAGAUGAGUCAUUGUGGCGCCGCCUAUAUUGUAUGCGUUGGGGUCUUCUGCCUCCAAAAAAGCUGCGAGAAUGUGCUUGGAAGAAACUUUACAUCCAGCGUGAUGAAGAAGAUAUGGCUGAGUUCGUGCGGAGCUGCCCUUCUGAAUUCAAAGAAUAUUAUAUCCAAAUGCAGGUGGCCAAGAGAAGUCAAGCACCCAAUCCCUCUCAGGUGAAUGAUGACCGUAUAAUUCUUGACAAAACACUCGCUGAUCAAGUCUCCAUGUGGAAGACUAGCAGAGGCCUGGCUGACACAGUGGUUCCGAAUCAUGCAUGCUCUGGAGAAAGUUGCACAUACUAUCAAAUUGGGGAUGUAUUUGUGUGUGAGAAGACUGGAAAUGUUCAUGUAUGUGAUGAUACAUGCAAGGAAGUUAUUAUGGAUCCUACCAAUGAACUCUCGGUCUGUACCAUCUCAGGACGCUGUUUUGAUAUAUUACUGUCACCAGCUGAAAUGGAACAUGAUGCUCAUCAAGGUGGUGGUACAGAUGAAGCAGAGCCUUUCAUGGGAUGCGGCCGUUUUGCGCGUGCUUACCUCCUUGGAUAUAAUUGCAAAGAUGAGACAGAGCUUGAAGCUGCUUUGAGGUUUUGCUGAUUAUAGUUUCUUUUGUAUAUAUAGAUGUCUAUAUCUUCUGGCAAUCUCCAACAGGCCAUCUAUAAUGUAGCGGUAAGAGAAAUAGGAUAGGAUGAAGCUUUUACGCAUGAAGCUAUAUAUGGUUUUAUGUAUUAGUUUUCGGAGGUGGUUAAAAGUUUUUAAUUCAAAUCACAUUUCAUGAUCGAUGAGUUAAUAUAUAUUGGUAAUGUGAUUUGCA